GCAUAUAGACUGGUUUUUUACAAUACCAACAGGGAAAAUAAAUAUCAGUUUUCAGUUAUCCAGAAUCCGAAACUAACACCAUGGCUACUUGAUAAAAGUCAUCCUUCCCUAAUUUUCUACAGACUUCAAAUUCUAGUCUUAGUAGAGGCUAGAACACCAAUCAAGAACAGCAAUGGAAGGUGGUGAAGCCACAGAAUCCUUGAAUGAUUGGGAGCAAGUCCAACCGGAAAUUAUUCUUCAAGAUGAUCUCUCUGUUUUCCCUCCAAGCUAUCACGAAGGCCUACAAAUCUCACCACCGCAACCACCACCACUACCACCAUCACCACCAGAUUCUCAGCCUCCAAUCCAACCGAGUUCAGUUGUUGUGUGUAGUGCGGAAGGUGAAGAAGUAUUCUCGCCGUCGCCGGACUCAAAAGCAAAAGUGGGAAAUGAGAUUGGCAAGUGUUUGAGGUGGCGAUUUGAGAUUUUGAGGUCUGGGAUUGUUUGGAUUGCAAGUAGAGCUCGCGGUGGAAGUGGUUUUUGGUCAUUGGCUUCGGUGAGUGCAGUAUUUGCGACCGCGGUGUUGCUGUAUUUGAAGCUGCAGAAGUGGCGUCAAUGGGUCCGUGAAGAGAGCGAGAAUCGUCUGAUCCAUCUUAUCAAAGAGAAAGACCAGAAGAUUAGCCAGCUCUUGCUUCAGAUUGCCCAGAUGAAUGAAAUGUUAUCUGCCCGUCGGAAGGUUCCAGUUGUCCGAGUUGGUUGAUUGACAAGGAACUUUGUCCCUCUACAAUUGCUACUAGAAAAUUAUGGAUAUUUUCCUUUUCCAUUUAGAGAUGUAUAUGUGUGUGUGUGUGUGUAUAUUCACAUUCAAUAUAUGUUGGUGACUGCACCAGUUUCCAAAAUUUUUUCUAGAGUUGAUUUAUAUUCAAUCUUGUUUUUCA